AUGUCUGAUGAUGGUGUUUAUUUUGAAGACGAUGAGAUCAGUACGAAAACUGAUGUGAUUAUAUUUGCCACAGGAUAUGAAACCAAAAUUCCUUUUCUUGAUGACAAGUAUUAUAAAGCUAACAAUGGUUGCAUAAACCUCUAUAAGCACAUUUACCCACUUGGAUUAAAACAUCCGACCUUGGCUGUUAUUGGAUUCCUUCAAAGCAAUGGCCCCAUAGCGCCUAUAUCAGAAUUGCAGUGCAGAUGGGCGGCAAACAUAUUCAACAGAAAACAGAAACUCCCUGAGAAACAGUUGAUGGAGAGUUAUAUGCAAAAGAAGCUGGACAGCAAUAAGGACUUAUCCUCAAAGUUAGAAGAAGAUUUCAUCACUUACAUGGAUGAUUUAGCUAAUGAAUGUGGAGCUAAACCGUCUUUGUCAACGUUUCUUUUCAAAGAUCCUAGCUUAUUUUGGCUCUGCAUGACAGGACCUUUUUUGCCUUAUCAGUAUCGUCUUACAGGAUUACAUUCAUGGAAUGGUGCGCGCCAAGCAAUAUUCCAAUGUCCACAAAGGAUAUCCACGCCAUUAGACACGAGAAUUCAAGAAAAAAAUAACCCGAUGAAGAAUUUUCAGGAUUACAAAACUCUAACUGAAACUUAA